AAUGGUUCAUGUCAGGAGUUUUGACAGCUUAUGAAGUUUAUAAACGCUACUUUUUUACAAAUUAUCUCUGAUGGUGGAAAUUUAUAUUCCGUAUAAUUCAUGUCUCAAAUUCAUUUGAGUUCAUAUCAAUAAUAAUUAUGGCUACUUCUAAAACAACAAAUACUUACAAUCGGCAAAAUUGGGAAGAUUCCGAUUUUCCUAUACUGUGUCAAACAUGUUUGGGAGAUAACCCUUAUAUUCGAAUGACGAAAGAAAAAUAUGGAAAGGAAUGUAAAAUAUGUGCUAGGCCUUUCACAGUUUUCAGAUGGUGUCCUGGAGCUAGAAUGCGCUUUAAGAAAACUGAAGUAUGUCAGACUUGCAGCAAAUUGAAAAAUGUCUGUCAGACUUGUUUGCUAGAUCUAGAAUAUGGGUUACCUAUUCAGGUCAGAGAUGCUGCUUUGAAAAUUACUGAUAAUCUUCCUAAAAGUGAUGUGAAUAAAGAAUAUUAUAUCCAAAAUAUGGAGAAGCAGUUGAGUAGAUCAGAUUCUGGUGCAUUGGCCAAUAACAGUAAGCUAAAUGAACCAAAUGAUCUUUUGAUGCGUUUAGCAAGAACUGCACCUUAUUAUAAGAGGAAUAGACCUCACGUAUGUUCUUUCUGGGUCAAAGGUGAAUGUAGAAGAGGUGAAGAAUGUCCAUAUAGACAUGAGAAGCCUACAGAUCCUGAUGAUCCAUUGGCAGAUCAAAAUAUCAAGGAUAGAUAUUAUGGAACUAAUGACCCAGUUGCUGAUAAAUUACUGAAAAGAGCUGCUGCCAUGCCGGCAUUGCCACCUCCAGAUGAUAAAACAAUUACGACUUUAUAUAUUGGAAAUCUUGGAAAUUUGACAGAACAAGAUAUAAGGGACCACUUUUACCAAUAUGGUGAAAUUCGAACUGUGAGCAUUGUUCCUAAACAACAAUGUGCUUUUGUACAGUAUACAACUCGUCAAGCAGCAGAAUCGGCAGCUGAAAAAACUUUCAACAAGUUGAUCUUGGGUGGUAGGCGCCUCACAAUCAAAUGGGGAAGAUCUCAAGGAAGAAUUGGUCCUUUGAUGGGAAUUCAGAAUAUGGAAGUGUAUGAACCAGUUCCAGGCUUACCUGGAGCUUUGCCAGAAUUGAGCAAUAAUUUUUUCAAUUUGGAACCUGGACAUAUACCAUUGCCAAACAUUCCUCCACCACCGUCUUUAAUGAUGCCUCAGUUGUUUGGUCCUCCUCCGCUACCUCAAUUCUUUUUCAAUCCACCACAAUUGCCUCCUUUCGUUCCAAAUCCAAGUGUUGCGGCUAGUGCUGCAAGUUCUGUAACUAAAGAACAGAGUAUUGCUGCUGUUAAACCUACUGUGCAUUAUCCCAGUCAGGAUCCUAGUAGGUUAGGUGCAACACAAAUAACUACUGAAAGACAGGAAUGAAAGUGAACAUGGAUGGUAGGAGUCUUGAUUUUAAAUGUUUCCAUUGUAUUUCAUUUCAACGAUAGUGUUAGGAACCAAUUUCUGUUAGUUACUUUGAGUGGCUUAUAUCAGCAAUAAAAUAAUUUGUUUCAUGUUUAUAUACAUAUGGAUAUAUGUAAAUUAUAAAUGAAGAAUUUUUACUGAGCACAUA